AUGGCGUCCAAGUAUAAACGUCCAUAUCGAGAUUUCAGCCGCGAUUUUGGUUUCAAACACAUAUUCAUUUCUUUCUGCAAUAAAACUGCUGGAGAAAGGCAAGCUGAAUUACACACUAAAGUUAUCGAGGAGAGUUGUGAAGAUAAGCGGCAGUGUUUAGUCGCAUUUUCAAGUUUACUGGAUGAAUUGAUCGCUUUAUCAUGUAUGAGCUUCCAAGACGCAUUCGAUGAAUAUAUUGGCAAGAUACCUUCACUAGCAUGUAUAAAGAAAGAUAAACAUGACAUCCGUUGCCAGUUUAAGGACAAAAUAUUGUCAAAGAAUGGUUUGCCCGUUCUCUAUUUAGAAAACAAUGGAAGCAGUUUCGUCAUGCUACAGGACCGCCCACUGGAUAAAAUAACACUCUGUCAGAGCCUCGACCAGGUCCUUGAUGCACCAAGGGAAAGUGGAGAAGAUGAAGUUCCAAAUGUCUUUAGCAGCAUCCCAGAUAUCAUGGAACUCUUGAGUACAGCAAAAGACAGAGCUAUUCUUACAUUUGUGUUGUCAAGUGUUUUUUCAGCAACUAAACUUUCACUAGCUUUUGGAAUGCAACACCAACAAACUCAGAAUAUAAAACAAAAGGUUGAUGAAUUGUUGGACCAAAUAAAUGAUAUACGUAAAGAAGCAGAUGGGGAAGCAGAAAGAAAAAUAGAAGCUCUUAUAUCACAACUACAGCUUGAAAUAGAAAGAGAUUCGGAUCAUCUAAAUUUGAAAAGGGCAAGACUACACAAGGAACAAAUAGAAGAAAGGAGCUUUGAAAUAGAAUUGAAAAGAAGACUGCUGGAUGGAAUGGAAGGGAAAUCAAAAUCAUCUGCAAAGAAAAGGUUGUCCAAGCGACUCAUUAAAAAUUGGAAAAAUAGUCUUAUGUCACAAAAAGGGAAAGGUGAGGGAAGGUAUAGAAUUGAUAGAGGUGCAGAACAAGCGAUAUAUGAAGUGCUUCAAGAGCAACUGAAAGCACAUAGCCAAAGAUGGGGUGAAGAGGGAACAGGGUAUCUUGAACAUGACAAAUGUCUGCAUUCGAAGGAAAUGAGAAGAAUCGCAAAUACCUACCUUAGAAAAAGAGGAAAGAAAACAAUCAGAAGUAAGGAGACUGUCCGUUCAUGGGGGAGAUGUCGAAAUAGGAGAUCUCGUCAGGCCAAGCAACAUCGAGGUAGAAAUUUGUGGGCUCAUCUUCGACCUCAGAAAAAAUGGAAAGAAGGGCACAUCAACAUUCAUUACAAUCGUGCUCACAUUAAGAACUAUACUAGAUUCGCAUUUUCAAAUGACAACAAAGAAAGGCAACCAUAUGUGAUUAGACGUGCCAUUGACGAUAAGGCAUAUGUGAGGUGCGGGACAUCAGAAGGAUUCUCAAGGCCACUUCAUACCCCAGUGCAACUAUCUAAUGAAGAAAGACGAAUCAAACUGCCCUCCUCUGAUUAUCCAGAUCCAGUGGGCUAUGUUGCUCCAGGCGUAGUGUUGUUAGUAAACGAAAUGAAAGAGACAGAACACAAAGGAUGUGAUAAAUUUGUACCAACCAGUGUCACUGUAAGUGUUACUUGUAAGCCUAAGCACAUUUACUCUGAUUUAAUUUCCACGCGCUAUAAUUUCAGAAGUGAACAUGAAGUAUGUGAUGAGGAUAGCUAUCCUAAAACUUGUUCAUUUCAGGAUGUUGAGAUAUUUCUCACAGGUCUGAGAGACAGUGUGUUUCAGUUUCAAUUGAUGACUAUCAAGGACGACUACGAGAGAGUAUCAGAGGGUGGCGAUCACUGGGCUAGGGAGAAAAUGAGGGUUCAAGUUCUUCUAGAGGGACUUAAAAUAAUAUCAGCAUCCCUAGAGCCAUACAAAAAGGAUGAACUUCUGCAGCAAGUCAGCACUAAGGUGUCAAGCCUUAAUGACACACUGAAGAACAUAGGUGAGAUACAAAUAUUUUUACUCACAUGUUUCCUUCUCUAUUGUACCAGGUGGGCACAAUCUCUGAUCAACCUAUUAAAAGCUACCUGUAUGCUGUAGUUCCAAGUAUUACCUUUAAAAUGUAUGUUCAUGUUUCAUUGUUUGCAGAGUCAGAACUUGAGGCAAAGAAAUGGGAUCAAUGCACUAUGGAAGUGGAUUAUGACGCUGCAAGUGAACUUUGCAAAACAAUUCGACACACGCUGGAGAAUAAUGGUUUACCAAAGCACAGGUAUUUUUAAUUAAUAAUAUAAAUCUUGUGUAGGAAUGAAGUCAAUGAAUAGGUUUUCAUGUUUUUAAUAGUAGUAGUGAGUAUAGCAGCAACUUUAUGAUAAAGCUCUAUUUUAUAAAUAGUAAAAUAAACUUCUAUAAAUGAUUUUGUAGCUAUAAACAAUGCUGUAUGUUGAAUCUGUUUCAGACCUCUUGACAUCCAGACAUCAGAUGCGGGACCUGGAGUGUCAAGCCACGAGAAGAUUGUUCAAAUUAGAAUGUCGGAGUAUUUCAUGCUCAAUUGCCUUGAUCUGCAGUCAAGAUUUCAUUAUGCUCCUGGAGAUUCAUCAUCUCACAUAGCCGAAAAAGUGAUGAGGUCCCUUAACGAAUGCCUUGGAGAUGGAAGGUCAGUCAAAGUACCAACCGCUUCAUUACUUGAUCAACAUGAUAAACUUAAGCUAACACAGCUUAAUCGAGAUGAGUUACAGAGAUUGAAAGAAGAAGCUGAGGCAGAGAUUGCAAAGAAAUGUGCAUUAGAAAUUAAGAGCCGCUUUGAUGGUAAAGGUUGUAUGGGCACAUCAAUUCAUGCCACUGUUCCAUUCUAUGAGAGUUCUAAGAAUUUUUUUUUUGAUGAGGAGUUCAUGUUGAAGUGUGCUAAUGCAAAUUCCGCAACUAUCCUUGAAACAUGUGCUGGCAAAGCUUACUUUCUUUUAGUGAGUAAGUUCUUCGCUGACCAUUAUAUUCUCUAUGACAAUGGGUUUGAAGGUAUAAGGGACAGUUGUGUCAAUGAAGAUGGAUUAGCUUGCACUUUUCAUGAAUGCUUUGAAAACAAGCAAAUUCUUCACAAUGGCUGGAGUGGUGUGCCAGUUACACGGAUUCAUCCUCCUAUUCCAGAUUACUCUUGUCAACAGGAGUUCCACUAUCUCACUCCUGGUCAGAUUUUUAGGGGUGAUAUAACUGAGAAGUAUGGCCUUCGAAAAGAGCUCAUCAGUGAAACAAGGAAAAAGGACGAUUUCUGCCCUCGCAAACAAUUAGACAAUCUUGUAAACUCAUGUGGUUCUCCUGAUCUCCAUUUGGAUGCCACUGAAGAAAAGUCAACAGGUGGUGAUUUAGUGAAAACUGUUAAAGAUAGAAACGAUACACUGACUAAGAUGAUGCCUAAAGUUGAUGACUUUACUAGCAAAUAUGCAGGAGACGAUUUACGAUAUUCGGUCGUAAAGGAGAUCAAGAAGAGGUAUAAUUCCCAGAUUAAAGCAUUUGUCUCUAAGAAGACAAAUGCUAGUGCGCGGGCAUGUGAAAAGGCUAAAACCUAUGAAGACAUCGACUGCGAAAAACUUGUAAGAACAAAUGAAUUAAAUAAACUGUAUGUCUCGCAGCUUGAUUUAUAUCUUCUAACAAACCUUGGCCUGUCUAGGAAAAACUGUGACGAGAAAGGGUUCACAAAGGCUAAAAAAAUCGAAGAAAUAAAAAAACACUUUUAUCGCAGCACAGAUACAAAAUUCUCUUCGAAAACUGCUUGUAAGAAGCCACAAACAUCCCAAACAAGUCCGAUUAUAAAUGUGGCUUUUCAAUCUCACUCUACCAGUAGUCACAGUGGUGUGAUAUUGCAAGUGCCACCUUGGGGAGGACAAGUUAACACACCAUUCUCAGGAACUUUAACGUUGACAAAUACCUGUCCAAUCGAUAAUUUUUUGACUAUUUUCUACAUGUUGAUGAAGAAUCAUCGGAAUGCAAUGCAGCAUAUGCUAAAUUCACCAGAAUUGUAUGCGGGGACGUUAGUAGUUAUCGCAAAUCUAUUUGAUCGGUCACAGUUUAUGGAGGGGAAGUGCGAAUGGCUCAAACUGUUUCCUGGUAAGUUCAACCUGACACAGAAUGGAUCACAACUGAAUCUAUACGGGAAUGAGGAAGAGCUUUUUGUUUCAAGACUCUUCCCAGUUCUUGGAACAACCUAUAGAAGCAUAUGUAAUUCCCCACACUGUCCAGUAACAGUGAAGCAGAACUAUUCAAGGGCAAUCACACUGAAGUAUGAAAAACCACUUUCUAUAUAAAAUGUACAAAGUAUGACAGACACAUUAGACGACAGCUGGAAAGCAUAUAUAUUUCAAUUGAAAAUAAAGUUUUUUUAAUAUUCUGUUUUAUAUAUAGUGCUGUAGAUGUUCCACAACCUGGAUUUUUACAAGAGUCCCUGACACAGUGGAUGAAGACAGACCUACAGACAAGCACUUGUGGCUUGAGGAUGAAUGUGUUACCCCCUGGUGCCAAACAUUAUUUAGGGAGCUACAUUGUUCAAGAUCCAAUUACUGGCCAGAUGGGGUAG